ACUAAAGAAAUCAUUUUAUGCUCGUUUCGGAACUAAAUUAACUAUUAAUCAUGGUCAAGAAACCUGCCAGCUAAAGUGACAUCAAGCUUUAUUGAUAAGGACAUAAGCAGAAACACAAUGAAGUCGAGAGCCACACAAGUUUACAUCGUGGAAGAUAUAAAAAAAACAGAACCAGAACGUAGUGAGAAAACUUCAGACCCAGUUAUGACGAUCCCAGCCCAACUUGAUGACUUCGGUCCCCCGGCCAGGUUUACCGAGCAGAACAAUCCCAAAGAAGCUUUAUAUUAUGAUUUUCGUGCUGCUAGAACUAACCUGCCCAGGCCUAAUGGACUAGUGGGUUCCGUACUACAUAUGUUGACGUUUGGUUUGGGCGCUGGUUUCCAUAAUAUGCAUGUGGCCUACCGAGAGUCCGGUAUUUGGACUGGACUUGUCCUAAAUGUUCUUUUAGCCGUCCUCGUUGGAUAUUGCUCUUGUAUACUAGUAUGGUCUGCCCAAAAGAUGUAUGGUCGUGUCCAGGUACCAGUUCUCAGUUAUCAGGACCUGGCUGAAGCUACAUUGCUUUUAAGUCCUUGUCAAAGUGUGAGAAGAUUUGCCAGAGCCUUUAGGCAUUUAGUGGAACUUACGAUAGCAUUACAUUGUAUCGGUUCAUGUUGUGUCUUCGUAGUCAUGAUAGCGAGGAACCUGAAGGAGCUGGUCGAAGGUACGGGGUGCCUCAGUGAUGAGGGAGAUCCUCCAUUGACUGUAUACAUCAUAUCUUUGGUGAUACCCUGCACUGCUGUGUGUAUGGUGACCAAUUUAAAGCAUUUGGCUCCAUUCGCUAUCAUUGCUAACUUUUAUGCUGGAGCAGUUCUCCUAUGCACAAUGUGGUAUUGUUUUAAAUAUGCUAGAAAGAGUCCCCUAGACAGAAAAGGCUAUAAAAAUGUAAUGGGAGUUUUUGAAUUCAUUGGUAUUUGCGUUUUUGCAUCAGAAACAACGAGUAUUGCUCUUCCAAUCGAGAACAAUAUGAACAAUCCUCGGGAAUUUCAUCGAGUGAUACUACUUACGAUGCCGAUUCUAACAUCAAUGACUAUGGCUAUCGGAUUCUUUGGAGUUUGGCAUUAUGGAGAUAAUUCCAUUCCACCGAUACUGAUACAUUUUCCUUAUAAACCCUUCCCAAUCCAGUUAAAGGUUUUUCUCUGUCUGAUGGUCUAUGUCAUCUACGCGACAACAUUUCACGUCGGUUUUGAUAUACUCUGGUUCUACCUCAGAAAGAUGCAUCUAGCAACUCGCUACAGACUUUAUGAAAGACUUUAUAGAACCAUACUAGUCUGUGUCGUUACCGCCAUCAGCUAUUCUUUUCCAAAUAUACGGAGGAUUAUGGGAAUUGUAGGCUCUUCCUGCACCGCCCCAUUUUUAUUCCUAUACCCUCCAUUUAUUGAGCUGAUAAUAGAUUGGGCAUAUCCAGGCUUAGGGCAGCAUAGGUGGAGAUUACUGAAGUUUUUGUGUUUAUUCACACUUGGUAUUAUUAUUACAAUAGGAGGUACUUAUUAUAAUGUACUCAUAGCUUUUAUUGAAGUUUCUCAAGGACACGUUCAUGUGUUUGAUCCUGAUGAAAUGUAAAAUACCCUUGGGAGCAAACAAACGGUGCCACUAGCGUUUUUUUGAA